AUGCAGGUACAUUUGUCUGCAUUACGUGAUGAAAUGUGGGAAGUAAUUUCAAAUGGUCCAGUAGAAAUAUUGAAUGCUAACACGGCAUUUGUCCUAUCACCAGAUGCUCCUCAGUACAUACAAAAGCGUAAGCCAGAAUGGACUUCUAACGAUAGAAUACGAAAUAACUUGAACAACAUUGCCAAAGAUAUUUUGUUUAAAGCCGUUGAUGAUACCAUAUUUCCAAAAAUAAGGAAGUGUAAAACUGCCAAAGAAAUAUGGGAGGCACUCAUCAAAAUAGGCGAAGGAGACGAACAAGAAAAAGACAAUAAGCUAACAAUUGUCAUGAAGAAAUUUGAAGACUUUAAAAUUCUUUCAAAUGAAAGUAUAGCCGACAUGGUGGCAAGGAUGAUCAAAAUACUAGGAGAGAUAAAUGUUCUGGGUAAAACCAUUACUCAGAAAGAAAUAUCUCUCAAAGUAUUACGUGGACUACCAUCAAGCUGGGAUAUGAAAGUGACAGCAAUGAGAGAUCAUAGAGAUCUCAGAACUCUCACCACGGAUAAGCUUUUUAGUAAUAUAAAAGCUUACGAGUUCGAAAUGAAGGCGAAAGUAGAAGAUGAACGUGAAGAAAGAACCACAGUUCUUAUAGCCGAACAACCAUCCUCUUUAAGGUCAGUAGAUGAUAUAAAUUUUAUGACUGAUGAACAGUUUUCUCUAUUUGUUAGGAAAUUCAAAAAGUUUAUGAGAAAGAACAACUUCAAAAGGCCAACCCAAGGAAAUCAAGGAAGUUCCUCUAGAAAGCCAAGAAAAGAAAUAGUCGAAGAAAACACAAAUCUGUGCUACAACUGCAGAAGGCCAGGACACUUCAUAGCCGAAUGUCCUUAUCCCAAUGUUAGUAAAAUCCUUACUGAAUCUUCACAGGAAAAGUUUGAAUCAAAGGAAAGAAAACCCAGAAAAGAUAGAAGGAAAGCACUCAUCGGGAAUGAACCAGUUGAACUAAAUGAGUCAGAAGAAUCAUCAUCCAAUGAUGAAAGUAAAUCAUCAGAAGAAGACACAACUCUAUGCUACUUGGUGAGCAAGACAUUAAAAUUGGAUUCAUAUGAAGAAUGCUUAAUGGCUCACGAAACAGAUGAAGAAGAGGUAACUUCUAACACUUUUGACUCAGUUACUUCAUCAUUUAACUCUAGAAAAUCCAUCAUUAACCUAAUGAAGGAUUGUCAAGAGAUUAUGACCACUCAGUCUCAACUCAAAGAGCGGAAUAAUCUUCUAAUUCUUGAAAAAUAA